AUGGCGAAGCCAAACCGCAAACGUCGUGCCGCUUCGUCGUCGUCGUUACACCUUGACAGCAGUAAGAAGCCCGACGCCCAGAAAAGGCUCCAGCACCUGCAACAAAGUGUUCUGCUGCCUCCUGAACCGGUGCCAGCAGGGCAUGAGGAGGGCAGUGCAGCACCCGAAGAGGCCGAGGAGCCACUUCAUGAUGCUGAAGUGCCGGCUGCAGAGGCCGAGGAGGCCGACACGCCGGAGCCGCCGUCCUCAGGGGGAAAGAGGGCGAAGAGAAAACUUCGCAGGAAGAAGACCCGCAGGCUUGUGCUAAGGGGUGAUGAUGAGGCCGACCAGGGGUAUGGAGUCGGACACGUAGAUGAUGGGGUUGGGUCGGGGCAUGAAAAGCCAAGCCAUGGUGGUGAGGAGUUGGGAGUGGAGCUUGGAAAGCCGAGCCAUGAUGGUGAGGAGUUGGGGGUGGAGCUUGAAAAGCCGAGCCAUGAUGGUGAGGAGUUGGGGGUGGAGCUUGAAAAGCCGAUGGGUCGUGUGGACUCCCCCAGCCGCUUGCAUGGCAGCCAGGAAGAGGCUCCUGGGCACCUGGAUGCAGGCUAUCACUCUCUCCUGGAGGCCACCGUGAGGGAGUUCGAUGAGGAGGACGAGGACUGCUACAUGGUGGGAGCCGAUGGUUACGAUGGCUCGCCAUUGAAGAAUUUCAAGGUCUUGAAGCCGAUCAAGACAGAGGAACCCGGGCACGACGAUGAUGAAAUCACGCCUACAGAGGACAAAAAUUCCAAGCUGGACCUCGACAACCUGAGCAAGACCGACCUGUCCCGACUGGAAGUUCUCAUUGAAUGUGGGGAGGACAAGGAGCUCUUCAAGCAGCAGGUCGUGCACACGUUCCAACAGGAACGGUCGAACGAGUUCAAAGUGAAAAGUGGGUUCUACACCGACGAGAUGAUGGAGAAAAUCCUGAACUUUUCGGACAAAUACGAGAAGAAGCUCAAAUGGUUCUGGGCCGAUGUAGGAUAUGAAGGAACACUGACUGAGACCGACAGAGAGAAGUUGACAAGAGAGACGGAGAUCGCCUCCGGUUCCAAGGUUGCCAAGGUACCCUUGGGCUUGAGUAGAUCCCAGCCGCUUCGCCCGGACGCCGCAGCAAGCUCAGAGUCGGAGGAUGAUGGCAAUGAGGAUGACAGCGAAGAUGAAAGCAGCGAAGAGGAAUCAGACUCGGAUGGAGCAGGAGCUAAGUCUGCUAAGCCGACCAAAGGAAAGGAGAAGAAAAAACGCAAGAAGGAGGAAGAGAAAGACGAUGAUGACGAUGAGGUCUUGUCGCAAGCCUCGAAGUUGAAGCAGCACAAUGCCGAUUUGUCCAAGCAGCACGACGAGCUGGCCGACUUCAAAGCAGCCCACGAUUCGGAUGAGAAGGUGUCGGAGUUGAUUAACAGCAUCAACAAGACGAGCCGUAUGACAAUGGAGGAGAACAAGAUCAAGAAGUACUGUACUCUAUCCCAGCGAUCCAUCGAAAGCCUUGGAUCCAAGUCUUCUGCCUCGGUGUCCCAUGAGUUGGCUACAGAGCUGGCACAAGCCGUUGUAUCGGAGGUUGAAGGGGCAUUUGGUGACGAGGCUGCUGGUAUGUUGCAAUCUUCAAAACUUCUACUGGAGAUGAGUCGAGGGUACUCUACCGGCCACGCAGCGAGUGUUACCAGAAAAGCUUUGGACUCCAUGCCAGAAGUUCAAGUCCCUCUGCCAGUUACUUUGGUAGAUGUCGGUCUGCCAGAAUGUCACCCUUGCAUCCUAUUUUCCGACUACUUUCGUCUGCUGGCUGAAAGGGGCAGCUUGGAAACCUUGACUACAGGUGCAGACCUUCAAUCUUUCUGGGACAAGAUGCAGCCACUGAAACCCAAUCAUCCAGUAUACAAGCUGCCUGCCGCAGACAGGGCUUUUACAGUCCCAAUAUACUUGAUCGGCGAUGAGGGUCGGGGUUUCAAGAAGUCAGCCGUAAUGGUGCUCGGCUCAGAAUCGGUGCUUGGCCAAGGCUGUGAAGCAGAAGAUGAACAGACUGCACAAGACGAGCUACGAAUGAAUUUCCGAGGGAACACCAUGCUUACAAGGCAGCUCUUUGCCGUCAUGCCGAAAAAAAAGUAUCAGAAGGAUUCCACUCCACUUCGCAGGCUGGUGGAUGCUUGGGCCGAGGAUUUGGGCAAAUGCUUCACCACUGGCCUGGAGAUUCGCUCUGGCGGGUCAGUCCAGACAUGGCGGAUCGCGACACUUGGUUUGAAAGCCGAUUGGUCGGCCCUAAGCAAGCUUGGACUCACACGAAUGAUUCCGAUGGAGAUGGACAAGAAGCCCUUGUUCUACAUGAUAGAUCUGUUUCAUACCUUCCACAAGGGGAUUACCCUGUGGGACUUGAAAAUCACUGGUUGUACAGCUACUGGCCUCGACAAGAACCUUAGCUACCUCUUCGAUGACAUGAAAGCUUUCUCGCAGGCUAACAACCUGUACUUGCACAUGUGCAAUUUGACAAAAAGCCUUUUGGGCAUUUCGAGUGCAGCAGACUUUCCGUAUGGGGCUUGGUUCAAAGGUGCUGAUACCACUUUUGUGAUCAAAUAUCUGCUGUGGAAGUUUCAAGAUGUGCUGGAGAAACACGAACUACAGGAUUCGGAUUCGCGAUACUUGAGCGAUAUUCUUUCUUGCCUCAGAUCCGCUGACGGCUUCAUGAGUUCGCUCUACAGGGGGAGCCUUUUUCUCGGCCCCCGUUCUCUGCCCAAGGUCGUCCGGCUUGGUAGAUCCAUGGUACACAUGUAUGCCAAAAUUGCAAGUUUGGCAUAUGAACGAGGCUUAGCACGAUACAAGCUCAAUCCCAAGUUCCACAUGCUGCUCCACAUUAUUCUCCAGCUUCGGCUGGACCUGCACGCCAACCGUGAAGCAUUGAGCCCGAUUUCACAUUCUUGUCAGAUGGCGGAGGAUUUCAUAAAUCGGACGUGGGAAAACUGCUUGUAUGACCUGGAGAUGGACCUGAAGGGCCUCUCGGCCGUGUCCUCGAGCUCAAACCGAGAUCUGCUGAGCCUCGAGCCUGCUGCUCAGCUCCUGAACUUCCGGGAUGCGAUCAUCGCGCUCAUGCUGCAAAGCCUGCUGUUCAAGAAGGCAGUGCUCGAUUGGGAUCUCAAGGCAGAGCGGGCCUACGCGGAUGGGCCUACGGUUGCCAUGGCGGAGCUGGCGGUGAACAUCUUCUCGAAGACCGAGAGUUUGCCAUACAAGUUGCGGCCAACGGCACUUCCAAAGCUUAGUGGGCAUGGACCUUUCACCUUCCUCAAGAUCAAGGAGGAGAAAGGUCGCCAGCCUGCGAACACGACACCAGGUCUCACGGCCUUGCAGGGACAUCUCCUGGCCGUUCUUCGGGAGAUGCAGCGAAUGGGCAAGGGCCUGAGAAACAUGGACUUUGCCGAGAAGGUGCACAUUUCCACCAACGAGACAGGGGAAAAUCCGGCGGCGGAGGAGCUGGCUCAGGAGAUGGUCAAAUGGUUCGAGAGGUGUGCGCAGCUCGAAAAGGAGCUGACCACAAACAAGGGCGAAGUAGAGAAUCUGAUGGAGCGACAGGUGGAGGAGUUGGAGAAAACCCUGGCAAACAAGGAGACAGCGAACAAGAAGCUCGUGACAGGCAUUCACAAGCUGGAGAACGAGAAGCAGAGCCUCAGGUACGAGCUCAUGACGCUGCAGCGUGAGAAGUCUGAGCUAACGGAGCAGAACAAUCGCAUCGCAAAGGAGAGCUUGCCGGUGAUCGAGAAGAUGCGUGCGCUUGUGGAUCGAUCAAUGGAGGCCACGCAGCGGCUGACGAAGGAUUCGCUGCUCUUGUCCAGCGUGUUCCGAAAGCAGGUACAAGAGACCGAGCGGGUGCUGGAAGACAGGGACAAGAUCGGCAAGGACCUGGAGAAGGCGAAGAGGCAGCUUCAGGUAGAAAAGGAGAAGAACACUGUGAAGGAGGUGGAGCUGCAGAAGGUGGAGACGAUGUACUUGAGAACCAUGGCGGCGAGAAGGUCCAUCCAGGACAGCUUCAACGAGCAGCGGGAUCGUAUUGUGAAGGUGGAGGCAAGCAUGGCCCAGCGAGAGGUUCAAAGACAGGAGCUACUCCGUGUCAUCGAGGGAAAGGAUGGUCACAUCCGAGAACUUGAGGAGGAUCUUCGCCGCGCACGAAAGCGCAUCGAAGAGAUGGAGGUUCAGCGAGACAGAGCCCCAAACCCGAUACAGGAAGAUCCGAGCAAGCGGCUGAUGGCGCGCCUCAUUUCCCAGAGUGGUCGCAGGGAGCGAGGGAUUCAGUUCACCCUGGUGGCUGCAUUCCUUCAUCUUUCCUCCGUCGCUUUCGGCAUACAGAAACAGACACCACUGAGCGUAGUCAGAGAGAAUGCUGGGCUUGCAUUUCACACUCGUGCAUGGCAGCCUGGCAACUUCCUCAGCCGGGAAAGCCAAAUCCUCUUGUCUGACAUAUCGGAAGCCGGCAGCCGCGGCGAUUGGCUGAAGGUUCGGAAGCUUUUUGGUACCUACGGAGGAAGUGAGACUCAGAUAUUCAAUGCUGUCAUGCACAUUGCUGUCAACUGCAGCCAGUUUAAGCAAGGUGCUGCUGUGUACGCAAAGGCAUGCAACCUGAACAUAUCCAAGACGUCUCCCACCUUCUCGGCUGCAUUGAAAAUUCAUGCCAGGCUGAAUCGAGCAGAAGCCGUGAAGCAAAUCUGGACUGAGGCUCUGCACACCUGUCCUCUGGAUGAAGUCUUGGCGGGCGCACGUCUCGAUGCAGCUGCGAUCGAAGGAGAUGUGGAGACAGCGGCGGAAGUUCUGGAUCUGCUAAACCACACACCCGGUUCCAGAACCAACGUAGCACACGUUACAUCCGCUAUCCGUGCAUGCUGGGAAGCUGAAGGUCGAAGCCACAAUGCAGCAAAGUUCUUGUUUCAGCAUAUGUUGGACCUGGGCCUGCAGCCGAACAUUGCGGCCUCCACAUGCCUGAUUGGUGCCUAUGCUACUGCGCCCUUGCCGCAAGUACUCGCGGCAUAUGAUGAGCUGAAGUCUUCUGAUGUUUCCAUCGACUCCCCUUUCACCGAAGUGUACUUAGUGACCGUGCUCCAAAAACCCAAACUUGAAGACUGGCGUGGACAGAAGAUGAUCGAGAAGAUUCAGGCUCGCCCUCUUGAUCGGCUAGCAGCUGCCAGGGUGGCCUUUGAUGACUUCAAUACUGCGGGACUGAUCAAGGAUCACCGCCCUGUGCCAGUUUCAGCAUCAAGGGCCCCGCUGUCGAAAGUGCAGCGGGAACGCCAUGCUCUCUUCCGAGAUCCUCUUUCCAACCUCGCCCAACUGGUGCCACCAGAUCGGUACAUCUCCCAUGUCGCCGAUGCGCUGCCGGAUGGCACCAUCGCAGUUGCCACCAACCAGGCGGUGACACUGGUGACAGCGACCUCGCGACAGGUCACUGGCAUCGCUCCGCUGCGGGGUCGCGUCACAGGCGUAGCUGUCGCAGAAGGAAUCGUGGUGGCUUGCACAGCAGAACGCAUCGUCACGGCCCUGCAGCCCAAGUCCUUGCAAAGCCUUGGAUCUCACAGGGAGCAUCACGCAGAGCCUUCGGCCUUAGUUCUUCUCCGCGGGUUCGCUCUUUCUGGAGACAAGCGGGGGACCCUCUGCUUCUGGGCCUUACCGGGCUCCACGACCGGCGGGAAAGCGGUGGAAAGGAUCGCGCCUCAAAAGGAAUCCGUGCUUUGUCUUGCAGUGGCUCAGCCGGACGUCGUGGCCGUGGGCUACCACAGCGGUGCCGUGACCAUCAUCAACUCCGAGACCCGGCUCCCGCGAUUCAGCUUCCGGCUGCGCGCUGCCGUGCACUGCCUGACCUUCAUUCCGGGCUGCAGCGACCGCCUUGUCACAGCAUGCCAAGACCAGUCGGUACAGCUUUGGAGGCUGCCAGAAGCUGCCAGCGCUGAGGAGCCUUCUUGUGAAGCCCAGAUUGCCUCAGCAGAAGGAACCUUUCGCGAAGGCGACAGUCGUGCCUGGACCUGUGCUUGUGCACUGUCUGCUACUUGCAUCCUGUACAGCGGGGCACGAGGUGAGCUUUUUUGCUGGGAGGCUUCGCGGACGAAGCCAAGUCGAUCAGCGCCUAUCCACACGCGGCCCAUCUUUGGAAUGAGGGCCGUCGGGAGUGACCAUGUGCUUACUACUGGCAUGGAUCGCUUCAUCGUGCUCUGGAGCGUGUCUGCCAGCGGGACUGCUCCUCAGAUGAAGUGGCGCCUCUCAUGCCUGGGCGGGCACAUCACGGCAGCGAAGAGCGAUGCGAACUUGGCGAUGCUUGGCUGUGGCGACAACAGCCUCCGCGUCGUCGAUCUUAUGCAUCGCGAACACCGACAGCACUGCUGGGUGGUCUGGAGAGGACUCCGCAGUGCUGUCACGGCUCUGGCACCACACCGGGGCGCCUGGGGGUACGGGCUGCAGGAUGGCAGUUGGGGUGCCUUGACGGUGAAUGCUUCAGAUGGUCCUGGCAACGCCGAGCCUCUCAGCACGAGGAACCAUCCGGGACCGGUUGCCUUUGCAUGUUGGAUGCAGCUGGAGACGCAGGUGAAGGUCGACGACCACCAGGGAGCUGAUGCAGAGAAGGACAGCAAGGAGACCACGGAUGUCAAAGAUGCCAAAGAAGGCGGCAAGAAAGGCAAGGCAAAGAAGGCAUCCAUCCUCAGCCCAUCGAAGGACGACAAGAAGUCCCCGGCAGAAGAUCCUCGAUCUUUCCUGCAAGGCCUUGCCUUGGUCACUCUCAGCAGCGGCCACGGCAUCUUCGUCACGGCGGUCAGCAGCAACGUGUCCUCAGUAGUGCCGCUCCUCCCGGCGACUGGCGUCGCUGCCCGACCCUCUUUUGCUGCACACUGGCAUCUCGCGGAACGGCCGGGCAGAGGGGACGAGAUCCUCGUGGUGGCGUGCACUCACAAGGCUGGAGAAACCAGCGUCGAGACUACCAGCCUCCAACUCUUCCAAGUUCCCGAAGGAGGCUCUGGCCAACUCCAGUGUGUCGGUGCCUGUACUGCAGAUUCCUUGGAUGGUGGCGUUACUGCCAUGUCCAUCUGGUCUCUGCCCUCCACGGCUUCGGGGGAGUCGCGUGGGAGGCUUGCCUGUGGCACCGGCAAGGGUGGCCUUGCCGUCUUUGAGCUUGCCUGGCCUCUCGCAGCGUCCCUCGUCAAGGCUGCCAGCGGUGGCGACUCAGCCACUGCAGCGCCCCUGCUUCCAGAGGUCAGCACUCGACCACACACAAAGGCUGUUGUCGCUGUGGAAUGGAAGCAUUCUAUCGGCUCAGGCGGCGUCGGGUCCACGCUGAUGUCCGCCAGCCAGGAUGGUCUUCUGAAGGUUUGGCGCUACGAAGAGAAACCCGGCCAGCUCGUUGCGACGACUUCCACGGCAGGACCGCUUCGGCAGGCCGGCGCGAUUCUUGCAGCAUGCUGGGAUGUAAGCUCCGAGGCGCCUGCAUUGCUUGCAGGUGGCCGCGACCAGAUUGCCUUCCGCUGGGAUCUCGAGGCCACAAGCCAGGCUGAGCCAUUGCCGACUGUGCCAGUGCCAGAGCCUGUGCGGAAGGAGCCGGCUGCUACCAAGGCUUUGCCUUCUCAGCGCAGCGCUGCGGGUGGUGUCAAGACGAAGGGUGGCCCGACCGUGAGCAUGAUGAAGGACAAGACUUCGCUGCUCAAUCUCACCUCUGCGGCUCUCUACCAGCAGUCUUCCAAGGCACGUGCCAUUGACUUGGUGCUGUGCGCGACAGAAACACUGCCAGGAGCUGCGGACCUGGCAGCCCUUUGGCCGGGCGACGACUUCCCCGAGGCUGCAGGGGAUGCCAGCUCUCGCGCGCAGCCCAACUUGGCCAAGACGAUUUUCUGCAACAGGCAAGACCUGGCUGACGAGUGGCUCAUGUCCGAGGUGCGCAACAAGGCGGCGUCGCAGGAUCCCGUGACACUCCACCGCGCACAGCUGCUGAAACUCUGGGCGCCGGAGCUUUUCGAUGACGAGGUUCCUUCCCUGGAUGUGCCUGUGCCUGCUACCUGGCUCUGGGCGGCCCUUGCGCAAGACAAAGGCGGGUGCUCCAACUCUGCUGCCUUGGCAAAGAUCGUGGCCGCGGGUGCCUCGGCUGACAGCAUCCACCACAUAGCUGCCGCGGCGUUGGCACUGGGUCUGGCAGUGGAGGACCAUGGCGAUGGCGAUGAGAGCUGGUGCGCCACGCCUAUCGCAGCUGGGGCCAAGAUCUUCGAAGACGUGGACGACAGGUCUUGGUGGACGCGUGCUGCUUUUGCUGUGGCUGUUUGGGACAUCACUGGCCACAUUUACUGCGACAACUACUUUGAGUUCUACUUCAACGGGCAGCUGAUUGCGAAGGAUCCCUUGGACUUCACGCCUCACAAUGCCGUGAAGGUCAGCUUCCAAUACGACGAAACUGCGAACGUGUCGAAAACCUACGCGAUCCUCUGCCAAGACUACGCCAGCUCCAGUGGCUACGAGUACACACAGACAGAUCGCGCACAGCUUGGUGAUGGCGCUUUGCUCGCGGAGUUCUCCGAUGGUGUAAGGACCACCAGCGAUUGGAAAUCUUAUGUGGUCACGUUUGGACCGACCGAUGCAUCCAUCGCCAAUGGCUGCUCUUCGAGCAACCUUUCCCCAUGCCAAGUGCAGGACAACGGGUUGCCUGCCAACUGGUUUGCCAGCGACUUCGACGACUCCGCGUGGCCAUCGGCUACUGAAUACACGGCUUCGGAGGCUGGCUGGGGCCGCACACCGACGUACUCAAACGGGCAGUGUGGAACCAUCACGUCGCCACUGACGCGCGAAACAGCCAGCCCCAGCUCCGUUGUGACAACUGCCGAUGAGUGUUUGGACCCGAAGGCCGUGCUUUGUGGGGGGGAUUCGUCCUGUACGGGCUCAGAUGGCCGAUUCCUUUGGGGCUCCGAUCUGGAAAGAGACAACAAGAUGCUUUUCCGCUUCUCCGGGGAUGCCACGAUUGCAAUGAGUGCAGCUCUCUUUCCACACGCGGCGGUGGGAGUGUGGCUCUUUGUUCUGGGGCUUGUAGCCGGGUGA